UGUAAUACGUGCUCAGGCAAAGAACGGGCUUGAAUGGAAUCUCCAACCCUUGGAGCGAACGAAAAGGAUUACUCACUUUUUGAUCGCAAUGGACGCAACCAGUGACACCUCAAAAAUCCUGGAGAAGGGUCCUGAGUACCUUCGAAAGCAAAUGGAACUGGAGAGUGAGACAAAAGGACGUGUGAGUGCUGUGGAGAGACUUGCUGCAACUAAGCCGAAGUAUGUUAAAAGCCAACAGGUGGUCAACUCGACUCAGGAGCCAGUGAUCAGUCUUGGAUCAGCCUCUGUGAGCAGCACUGGGUCUUCUAACACAAAUCACGAUGGGAAUCUUGCCACAGAGAGUGACUCAAGAGAGGCAACAUGUGCUCAACUAAUCACCAAGUCACCAGGUGAGGUCCGUCGGUCCAGCUCCAAAAAACGACCAGACUCUCUUCUGCUCUACAGACAGAAAUGUGACUUACUGCGAGGGUCAGGGAAUUACCGGAAACUUCGAACACGUAAGGUGCUCCACAGCUCUGUGAAUAAAAAUGUUGCGUUACCUGAGGCAACAGAUAAGGAGUGUGAGGCCCAAUGCAACGAGGACAAAAUCUCCACACCUGAGGGAACGGCAAAGGAAUGCAGCUCGAAUAUAGCGACCUCUCAAUCAGAGCAGAGGAGGAAUGGAGUAUCAGAGAAACACAGAGCAGAAAACAGUGAUUCUGGGGCAAAGGUGACAGCUGGUGCAAAGAAAUCAGCUGGUCUCCUAACAGUUCUUGAGCAGGAAAAGAGAUCUGGCAAAGGGGUCAGUCGUUCUCACUCUGACAUCAGCUCCAGGUACUCCAAAAACUUUGCGGACUUUGAUGCUUUUUUCAAGUACUGCGGGCUGGGCGGUGAAAUUAUUGAGUCUUUGGGGAGGGAGAACUUCUCUGCACACUCAGAUGAUGUUGUGAUAAACAUCCGGAGUGUCAGCAUCUCUACAUCAGAUGACGGCUUUUCGAGGAACAGUGGUGACAGCGACGGACUGAUGGAGGAAAAGCUGAAUAAAAAGAAAAGUCAAGGGACGUCAGUUAUUGAGCGCAAUGCAAGGAUUAUCAAAUGGCUGUACAGCUGCAAAAAUGCUACAGAGACUGGAAAAAAGCUACGAGACCUUGACUGAGACAACUUAUUUUUUUGUUUCUACAAAGGCUGUGUGCCCACCUAAGACUGAUGUACUAACUCCUGGCUUUUGUUUGUGGAAAACACUGACUUUCGGGCUUACUUCUUUACUGUAUUAUGUAUAGUGUGUGUGUGGUUGUGCCCAUCAUUGUUUACUUUGGUUUCUGCACAUAUUGCAUGUCUGUGCCAAUUUAAGCUUCUGAGAAACAAUGAAGAUUUGGCGUGCUUGCUUCUGUUCAAACUUGCAUAAAGCUAUUUAUGCUGGGGCCACAUAAAUUGCUCAGAAGGUCCCUCAAGACACACAUGGAAAAAAGCUGUUAACAUUUUUGCUUCGAAAAUUACUUGCAGUUAUAUUUGAUUGAUUAGAUGUACAUUUUAUCACACAGCUGCAAUUUAUAGAAAACAAUCCCACGUUAAAGGGAUUAAAAGUUAAAAAUUCUGUUUACACUUGAAGACACAAAUCUAGACGAUUACAUGAGAAUCUUUGGGUUGCCAAGUUGUAAAAAGUUCUGUUGACUGGUAUUUUCUCCCUCUAUUUGGUAAUAAUGCAUCCAUAAAUGUUGUUAAACCAUUAAUAAAUUAACACAUAGCUUUGCUGAAAACUGAAUGGUCAAUUAUUUUAUCAUUCAUGGAUAUAUAGAUCAUGGACUCUUGGCGUAAGCAAUAAAAAUCAUUUUUAAGUUUCAGCAUGUAGGAUUAAGGGAGGAUAUCUUUAUAGAAAUAUAUUAAUUAUGCUUU